UCUUCAUAUUUGAUCACGUGCAAAGAUCCAGUAUCAGACACAGAAAAUGGAGGGUACUGAGAUGAAGAACUUCGCCAAGGUAUGGCUUUCAGUCUUCAUAUCUCUAAGCUACUGUUAUGGCUUAGGAAAGUUUGUCCGCAGAGGCAUUCCAAGGCUUCUUGCUGUAAUCCCAAUCGUCUGUCUCUUCCUUCUCCUUCCUCUCAACCUCUCCUCCGUGCAUCUCGGAGGCACCACUGCUUUCUUCAUUGCUUGGCUCGCCAAUUUCAAACUCUUGCUCUUUGCAUUUGGCAAAGGGCCACUUUCCUCACACCCAUCACUCUCUCUUGGCCGCUUCUUUGCCCUGGCUUGUUUUCCCAUUAAAAUCCAACAAAUCAAAGAAACCCCACCUGGAAAAUCGCAUUCAAUUGCUCCCAAAAAGCCCAAAAUUGGCCAGAAAUCGCCUCUCAAUUUUGCAGUAAAGGGUCUGCUAGUAGCAUUGUUUGUCCGAGUCUAUGACUACCGCGACCACAUUCAUCCAACGGCCAUACUCGUUCUAUACUGUUUCCACAUAUAUUUCGGCCUUGAAAUCAUCCUAGCCAUGGUUGCAGCCCUGACUCGAGCCCUCCUGGGCCUGGAACUCGAGCCGCAGUUCGAUGAUCCGUACCUCUCCACCUCGUUGCAAGACUUCUGGGGCAGAAGAUGGAACCUCAUGGUCACCGGCAUACUACGACCGACCGUAUACGAACCUGUCCUCAACACGUGUAACCGUGUUGUAGGUCGUAGGUUGGCCGCUUUUCCAGCGGUGCUGGGGACGUUUCUGGCUUCGGCUCUAAUGCACGAGCUCAUGUUUUACUACCUGGGCCGCGUGCGGCCCACCUGGGAGAUCACGUGGUUCUUUCUCCUCCACGGUGUCUGUUUGAUGGUCGAGAUCGCUCUGAAGAAGACCCUUCCCGGUAAUUUCCGGUUGCCGAGGCUGAUAUCUAGGAUCCUGACCGUUGGAUUCGUGAUGGUUACCGGCUUUUGGCUUUUCUUUCCCCAGUUCCUCCGGUGUAAGGCUGAUGUCCGGGGGCUUGAGGAGUACGCGGCUCUCGGCGCCUUUUUGAAGAACGCUUUUCGUGGUAUGCAAUUGCAGCGUUUCAACGCAUCGAGAACCUUGUAAUCGUGCCCUUUCUUUGACCUCUCAUGUUGCGUACAUGCUGUAGGUCAGUUCAUCAGACGGCCUAAAAUCAAUGCAGCAGUAUGUAGUUCCAACGGUUUUGAUUGAGGAAUUCUUCCCAUUAAGAAAGGGAGCUUUG